AUGAGAGAAGCGUGCGCGACUUCCAGGGAGGCGACGUUGCCCGAGCUGGUGCGCGAGUGCUACAGCUUCGUGGCAGAGCUGAUUCUUGGCAAGGCGGCCGCUGCCGACAUUGGAGGCUACAGGAACGUCCACCAGACGCGAUGGCAAGAACACCGCAGUAUUGCUGCAGAGACGGUAGUCGAAGCGGAGCAGUGUUUGCGGCAGCAACACCAGCGCAGCCCUGCCGAGCACCUAAUCAGCCAACUCGCGCGACUUUGCCCGCUUCUUUGCUCUACGGCUACAGAGGAUGACCCCCGCGGCGACGGGGGCACGCUGACGCUAGCGGACAGCGUGCUCGCGCCGCUCCCAAGCAAUGCGAGCUCAGAGAUCGUUGAGACGUCACCGUCGUGGGAAUCAGAAACGACGGCCUCGCCACCGAACUGGUGGGACAGCGCUGCCGACGCCCUUGAUGCGCUCUUCGAUGCCGUGGACAUGUGCGUGGACUCGACUGCUGUAUCACCUACUUUCACGAUCCCCGCUCUCUCGCUACCGGCAGCGGCGCUUGGCGGUCAGUCGCUCUCGCAGAUCGAGGCUGCGCUGACCGAGGAAAGCUGCAUUAUGGCUGGGUUACUGCUCCACCGUGAGGUGCGACCACGCAGUGGACCGUGUUAUGCGACGGUGGUGUCGCCUGUGCUCGUGGUGUUGGACUUGGAUGGUACGUUGCUGCGCUCGCCCCUCAGCUCCAUCUCGCUUCGAGCCGCGCAGGUGGCGACUACAGCGGAGGUGCGCGCGCUUUUCGUGGAUGCAGAUUUCCUAGGCGCGUUCUGUGAGGCUGUCACCCAGCGCGGGCACGAACUGGCGAUCUGCUCGCUGACAGAAGGGACGGCAGAUCAGUGGGCCACGUGUCUCUCCGUCGCUGAGGCGGUUGUGUGCUUGCUCUCGCGCGUUCUUCCACCCAUCCGCGCCUAUCUCACUAGCACCGACGAUGUUGUGUGCUUGCCGCGGUCGGUGGCGGGGCCGGGGAAGCUGUACCAUCUGCAAGAGCUGCAGCAGCGUCGAAACGCGCGGGAUGAGGAGCAGCGCCUGCUAAGGGGUCCGAUUCAUUCACAGCAGCAGCUGCGGCCGACCGACAACACCUGCGCUGAAGCUACAGAUGAUGCGAGCGAUUCCGUGCGCACCGGCCCCUCUCCGUUACCUCUGCAGACCCCCUCCCUUCACUAUGAUGACACUGUCGGCGGGCUGUGGAACCAGUCGACGCUUCUGCUGCCCAAGUGGCUGAGCACCGACGUGGUGCUGAUCGACGACGACAGAGAGAACUGCCGCAUGGCGGUGGCGCAGGGUUACCACGCCACGCCAUGCGCCGAGACUGGGAUGAGCGCCUCGUGGUACACGGCUAACCCAGAGCUUCAGGUGCUCCUCGGCAUCCCGGCAAGCGAAGUGGUGCCGCGCAACAGCGCUCGUUCACGGAGGACGUCGCUGUGA